CAAAAAUUGAGUGAUUGGAAGAUUGCAGAAAGUCAAAGAGACAUAUCGGAGGCAAAAGCCUUGGUGGAGGAAGCAGAAAGCUCUCUGCUGGUAAAUGUGGGAGGUCCUGAAUAUGGCGAUACAUCCAUGGGGAUGAAAAGUGUAGAAAUUGAUCGAGAUGAAGAGAGACGGGAGUCAGUAAAAGCAGCAUCAAUUUCUGCCCUUGUUGGUACCUUAACAGGGCUUCCCAUAUGCUUCACUCAGGUCACCAACACAACUCAGCUGCUUCUCCCUUUAGCGAUCAACUUUAUUUGUUGUGCAUUGUUUGGAGUGACUUUUCGAUACACUAUAAGGAGAAACUUAGAUGAUGUUCAGCUUAAGACAGGGGUAGCUGCAGCUUUUGGUGUUGUUAAAGGUAAUCAUAAUACUAUGCUUACAUGUUAAAUAUAUUGGAAUUUUGCCACUGCAUAAAUUUAGAUAA